AUGUUGCUUCCAUCUGCUCUCCCAUGCGAUGUGCGCCGGUCGUCUCGCUUCACCCCUACCCGCCUCUUCUCAACUCCUCCUCCGUCCGACGGUUUCACAUCUGGCAACGGUCUUCUCGGCACCUGUCGCGCCCUCCAAUCUCUCCUCAAUGGAUCUCCAUCGCCUCCAUCGCGCCGCUCAAAAGCCCCGCGCCUCCAAAGUCCCCUCCCACUCAGCACACCGCGUCGCUCGCCGCGAUCGCACAAAGCCGCUCGCCCUGUCUCUCCCAGACAAACACCCCCUCCCCGAACCGCCGCUCUCACACCCCCACCCGCGCCUUGCGCACCAUCGCGCGGCGCAAACAAGCGCCGUCGCGACGUCUUCGAAGAUGAAGAUAGCGACGUGGAAAUGAGCCGCGGGCGCAACCGUCUCACAACCCCCAAACGCAUCCGCCACGCUCCCUACAACAUCCCUCUCGGUCUCUCCUCAACCGAUUUCUACUCUCUCCACUCUCCACCAGUCACUCAAUCUCCUCCCUCUCCCCCGCGCCGCCAGAUGAACCCACGCAUCUUGGCUGGUCCCCGCAUCGACCCGGAUGCGCCUCUUCCCUCCAUUGAGGUCGCAGAGGAUGCUCCUUCUAGUCCAGUGGUUCAAUCCAACAUCUGGACUCAACAACAAGACCAACGCCUUCUCGAGCUGGUUCUCGAGAAGUGUCGCCUCUCCCAACAAGAAUGGGAUGAGUGCGCGCGUCAAAUGGGUCGCGACAAUCUUGCUGAUAGAUGGCACUCUCUUGUCGGUGAUGGCCGUGUUGGCUUGCGCCCUCGUCGCCGUUAA